ACUGCAGCACGCAAGCAAGAAAUUAUCAAGAUAACCGAACAGCUGAUAGAGGCCAUCAACAACGGAGACUUUGAGGCAUACGCUAAGAUCUGCGACCCUGGACUGACUUCAUUUGAGCCGGAGGCCCUGGGCAACCUGGUAGAGGGAAUGGAUUUUCACAGAUUCUACUUUGAGAACCUUUUGGCUAAGAACAGCAAGCCGAUCCACACCACCAUCCUGAACCCCCAUGUGCACCUGAUCGGCGAGGAUGCAGCCUGCAUCGCCUACAUCCGCCUGACUCAGUUUGUUGACGGCCAGGGUCGGCCGCGGUCCAGCCAGUCAGAGGAGACUCGUGUCUGGCAUCGCAGAGACAGCAAGUGGCAGAACAUCCACUUCCACUGCUCAGGCGCACCAGCUGCGCCACUCCAGUAA